CUGUCCGGUGGGAUUUAAAUCAGUGAGGGGAAUUAAACCAUGUUUGUUAUCCCAGUGUAGACAACGUGUAGUGUUAGUUUCAUACGUUUUGCAGCCUGAAGUUUGUUUUCGGUCCUGACGGGUUUGUGUAGCUCGGUGGGUCUCUGGUGGUGUUCAGUGGUUUGUUUGCUGCUCCACCACUCUCCAGAAACACAAUGUCUCAGCCCGAGCAGACAGAAAGCCCGGAGCAGCAAACAUUAAACUUGGAGCAUGAACAAAACUCAGCCUUAGUGAAUCCGAAGGCGGUUUGUAACGUUUGUAAACGGUUGUACCGGGACCCUAAAAUCCUCCCGUGCCUGCACACCUUCUGCUCGGACUGUAUCGCUCAGUUGGAGCCCUUCUCGUUGUCUUCGCGCAGUGCGGAAAAACGCGAGGGCGACACGGCGGAGCGGCAGGAGCACGCCGCCGUCACCGUCACGGUUCUCUGUCCCGACUGCGACUCCGAGGUGGAUCUCCCCCCGUCGGGACCGGCCGGGCUGAGCACCGACCACCUGGCUCUGGACGAAGUGUUCCUGGAGACCCUGGUGACGGACGGCCCGCUGGGGUGCGACCUGUGCGGCGAAGGAGGCGCGGAGAGCCGCUGUGAAGUCUGCUGCUUCAACCUGUGCGAGUUCUGCUGCCAGGCGCACAGGCGUCAGAAGCGGACGGCGUCUCACUCCGUCCAGAGUCUGCAGGACCUGAAGUCCGGCGGGUCUCUGAGCCGGCCCGUCCUCUGCGGCCUGCACCCGGGUCAGGAGCUGCGGCUCUUCUGCCAGCCCUGCGACCUCCCCGUCUGUCUGGAGUGUGCCGCCACGCUGCACCGAGACCACCGCUGCUGCCCCACUCAAAAUGUGAUCAAUCGCCAUGGAGACAGCAUCCGAGAGCUGGUCACGGUGCGCCUGCGACCUCGCAUGGAGCGCCUGAAGGACUCCAUGCUGAAGGUGGAAAUAUCCCAGGAGGCUUUGAAGGAACGGGUGGAUGCAACAGCGAACGAAGUGAGGGCGUUUGCUCGAGCUUACGCCAGCGCUGUGGAGGCUCACUGUCUCUCUCUGCUGCACCGCCUGGAGGAGCUCCGAGUCCAACGCAGGAACCAGCUCCACCUGCAGCAGGCGCAGCUGCAGCAGGCUCUGCUGGACGUCGGCGGCAGUGUGGAGUUUGCGGAGAGAUUGCUGAGCUGUGGGUCAGACGCUGAGAUCCUGAGCGCUAAAGGAGUGACUCUGAGGAGACUGACCAGCCUGGCAGAGAGCAGCUACGACCCCCCCCCAGAGGCUGUCGCCCUCGACGACGGCAGCAGCAUCAGCUUCCUGUCCUGGGAGCCGGCAGGGGAGGUGGGGGGCUUCCCGGUGGUCGGGGUGAUCCACGCCAAGACGGUGGACCUCAGCAAGUGCACCAUCGAAGGAGAAGGUCUGCAGAGGGGCACUGAGGGGGAGCAGGGUCUCUUCGUGUUGGUGUGCAGAGACUCAGCGGGGGAGCAGCUGGCUCGAGGAGGAGAGCAUGUCCUGAUCAGCAUCGUUCACAAGGAGAAGAAAAACUGCACAAUGGAGAGCACGGUGGUUGACAACAGCGAUGGAUCCUACAGCGUGUCAUACACACCUGAAGAGACGGGAGCCUACUCAGUGUGGGUGUGUGUCAAAGCUCAACAUGUCAAGGGCUCUCCGUUUCCCCUGAAUGUGAAGAGGAAGUUCAGGCAUCACGUCGGGACCUUCCACUGCUGCUCCUUCUGCUCCGGCGGAGGCUCCAAAGAGGCUCGCUGCGGCUGUGCAGGAACCAUGCCAGGAGGAUUUAAAGGUUGCGGUCACGGUCACAAAGGACACCCGGGGAAGCCUCACUGGUCUUGUUGCAGCAGCUUCGUGGAGCAGUCGGAGUGUUUGCCUCAGAGCGUGAUAGCUGCGAUUUCCCCCCGCGGGCACCUGCGCACCGUGGAGCUCUGAGGAGGCGAGACACGUACAGAGGACGCACCGUAAUAAAGGAGCGCAGCAACAAAAACGUUAGCAUAGCGGGGGAGCACGUGUUGGUGUCAAUGUUAAGAAGGUCAGACAGGAAGGUGAAGUUCUAAAGACACGGUGGCUGAAGCAGGACAUCAAAGAAUGUUAGUCUGAAAGUGAUUACCUCCAGCCCACCAUUCGAGGACUAUAUCAGUGUGGGCUCUGGAUCUAAAGCCCUUUCACCCAUACACUGAAAACCUUGAACUAAACAUGACAUUACCUGGAGGAACUGUGUGAGAGAACUGAAUAUCAGACAUUGAACUGACUUCAACCUGCAAGAUCCCCGAAACACGUAAGACUAUUUAAUGUCGAUUGUGAAUGGAGCUGCUCAUUGACCGGAGAAUUUAGAGCUUGCAAAUGUAUGUAUUUAUGACGUUGGUAUAAAACUGCUGCAAAAACACGGAAGAAAAAAAAUUGGAGGGUGUAAAAUAGGGGUGUUUUCUACGAAUCACAAAUAUCUAACUUGAAAGACAACGGGAUUCAAGACCUUCUGUUCGUAAGUGCCUACGAAGUAAUAAAACGGACGAAUUCAAGGAACGGCAAAAGACUCCAUUAUAUCACAAAAAUACCAACCACAGGACGGUUGUAUAAUCCGCCUCAAGUUGAGCCUCGUCUAAACUUUGCAAAGUAUUUCCAGAAAGUGAGAACGGUGCUGAAAGGGAGUUGAGUUGAGUUCCUUCAACUGAACAGCUGAUGUUGUAAAGUGCCUUAAGUAUCUAAGCUGUGCCUAUGACCUAAAAAAAGAUAGAACUGCUUCGACAUUCAAAUCUUCCAGUUUAAUUAAUAUAUAGCUUUAAAGUAUUUUAAAUAAAAGAAUGUAGACUUUAUUCAUAUCAUUUAGUCAGGGAAAGUAUAUUUAGGAAUAAAGUGCCAUCAAAACACAGUGACUCAUUUUCAAACAGUGUCGCCAUUACAGAGUUUAUCUAGAGUUCAAUGACGAUACGUUUAAUCUUCAAUUGUAAAAUGUCCUAAUCAGUUAGACUGAACAUUUCAAAACAUUUUUCAAAAAAUAACAAAGUGCUGUUACAGUUACAUGUUUCGUUUGUUUGUACACACAUACCUAAUGUAGUUGUUAUGGGCACACACUUGGUAAUCUAGAAGUCUUCCUAAUAACUAUAGAUCAUUGUGAUAUUAUUAAUAUUCAGUCGUAUCUAAAGUUCACUUGAGGAAAUUGAAAUGUAAAACUUUGUAAUUAAUGCCUUUUAAGUAGUAAUAUUAACAACAGGUACUUUUUUGUACACUUUUAAUAAUUUCAAAAUGAUAAUUACCUCAAAACAUUACCAUAUACUUUUGCAUUAUUUACACUUAAUGUAACAUUAUUUAAUGGCACAUUUGCUUAAAAGAGACAAUCAAUACCUAGUCAAUGCAAUGCUGUUAUAUACACUCUAUUGAUGAGCUGAUGCAUAAAGCGUGGUGCCACACACUGUUUACAAAAAGUCAGUUUUCAUUGCUAUAUUUUCCACAAUCAAGUCAAAAGCACUGAGCUGGACUACACUGUGCCUUUUUAAAUUAAGAAAUAUUUCAUUAUUUUAAGAUUUGUCAUAAUGUGAAACAUGUAUUUUUUGUAAACAACCUAAUCUUGCUUUUGUUCUGUGCAGGUAAAGACUUUGCAUAUUGUGUUUUUCCUUCAGCUUUGCAACCUAGCUCUACUCUGCUCUCUCUGGGAAUCACUGACCUAGACGCUGCAGUCGGCCUCCCCUUUGAAUACAAAGUUGUUCCUCUCCAGACGCUUUUAUAGCACUGACUUAAAACCAGACACAUGAAACUUUAAAAGAGCCAAUAUAGCCUGUUUUAGAUUUUCUGUAUUCUAAGAUGACUUUUUUAGUGUGACAGCAAAUGGUUGAAAAAAAAGAAGACGCUGACGGCCAAAAUGAUUAAGUCAAGGCUUCCAAUGUGAGAUGUCACAAUGACAACUUCCAUAUCUUGCUAACAUAAACAAUAUUUGUUUUAUUCUUGUUGUAAAGAUGAAUGGUAUGAUAGACCUAUGCAAAUACUUGUGGAGACAUGAGGACAAAUCUUUUUGAUUUGCGGUCCAAGAUCUAAGAAUCAACCAGCUGCUGUUCAAUUUGUGAACCGUUUCACACUCACUAUACAUUCAUCUAAAGAGUUUAUUCUGAAUGCUUCCCAAUAUUUUUACUGGACAAUUUAUCCUGUACGAGCAAAAUAAAGUCUUAUUUCUCAGUUUCCCUGACUUGCCCUAUUCUUUGAUGGAACUGUAGUAACAGCUGACCUUUGA